UGCUUCAGGGAUGGAAAGUAUGGCUUGCUACCUUAGCACUUGCUGGAAAUGUCAUGUCGACUUUCAAUACAUGUACAUCGGCUAUCUUUGUUGGGUCAAUCAUCUAUAUAGGGCGUUCAACUGUCUUAUGUUUGUUUAAGUUUCCUAAAGAGUGCUGUGAGUACUCUAGUCUGAAUAGCAAGUUGUCAGGAUUGUUCGUGCUCAGGUUUGUUUUAACUGCUGAUUAG